UAGGGUCACCAAAUUAGAAAAAGUAGUGGUUAUCAUUGAGAAUUUCGUUACCAAUUUGUUUUUUUUUUUUAAAGUACGCCUAACAUAUAAGACACUUAACACUAUUAACCGAUCAAAUCGAUUAAAAAUACUCCACUACUCCAAGCCUUUUUUGUUCUCUAUAUCCUGCCUUCCGGUUCCGGCUUCAUCCGUCAACCGCCGUUCAUUACUACUCGUUGGGUCUGUCACUUGUCAUCUGACCCCUGUUCUGAUUUUAUUGAGGAUACGGAAUGGAAAACAACAUUAUGUCAUCUGUUCACUCGACAGUCUUUAAGGAAUCAGAAUCUCUAGAAGGAAAAUGCAUCAAGAUUCAGGGCUAUGAUUUCAACCAAGGAGUAAAUUAUCCUCAGCUCUUUAAAUCUUUUAUCUCCACUGGUUUCCAAGCAUCUAAUCUUGGAGAAGCUAUUGAAGUAGUAAAUCAAAUGCUAGAUUGGAGGCUCGCAGAUGAGCUACCCGCUGAAGAUUGUAGUGAAGAGGAGAGGGAUCCUACAUACAGAGAAUCCAUUAAGUGCAAAGUGUUUCUUGGGUUUACCUCAAAUCUAAUUUCAUCUGGUAUACGUGACACCGUUCGAUACCUUGCUCAACAUCAUAUGGUUGAUGUGAUUGUAACAACUACAGGCGGUGUAGAAGAAGAUCUUAUUAAAUGUCUUGCACCUACAUUUAAAGGUGAAUUUUCUCUACCUGGAGCUCAAUUACGAUCAAAAGGAUUAAAUCGGAUUGGUAAUUUGUUGGUUCCCAAUGACAACUACUGCAAAUUUGAGGAAUGGAUCAUUCCAAUAUUUGAUAAAAUGUUAGAAGAGCAAAAUUUAGAGAAGAGUACAUGGACACCAUCUAAAGUGAUUGCUCGUCUGGGAAAAGAAAUAAAUGACGAGAGUUCAUAUCUUUACUGGGCAUACAAGAACAAUAUUCCUGUCUUCUGCCCAGGUCUAACAGAUGGCUCACUUGGGGACAUGUUAUAUUUUCAUUCAUUUCGUAGUCCAGGUCUAGUUAUUGAUAUUGUUCAAGAUAUUAGGGCAAUGAAUGGUGAGGCUGUUCAUGCAGCUCCUAGGAAGACCGGUAUGAUAAUUCUUGGGGGUGGGCUGCCUAAGCAUCAUAUUUGCAAUGCCAAUAUGAUGCGUAAUGGUGCAGAUUAUGCUGUAUUCAUUAAUACUGCACAGGAGUUUGAUGGGAGUGAUUCAGGUGCUCGCCCUGAUGAGGCCAUCUCCUGGGGAAAGAUACGAGGAUCUGCCAAGACUGUUAAGGUGCAUUGUGACGCCACUAUUGCUUUCCCUCUAUUAGUUGCUGAGACUUUUGCUGCUAAGAGAGAAUGUUCAAGCUGAUAUUGGGUUCAGAGGGUUGCCUAACUUACUACUUAUUAUAAUUAAUUUAAUGAAACAAUUUGAGGCUUGUGAUUGAAUAAACAUGAAUUUAUGUGAUGCUGUCAACCUACAUUGGGGGUAAUAAGUUACCUUAUGUUGGCAUGAUUUUCCAGUGGGAAGGGGCUGUUAAGCAUAGGGUUGUGAUCUUAUUGUGGGAUGGGGCUGUUAACCUAUAAUGAUAGCACUGAAUUGAGAGACUUGUUGAAAAUUAUUCUCUCCCCUUCCCAGUUCCCACCAUUUCCUGCUGGUGUUGUUUGAUGCUUGCUAUAAAACAGACUGCCCAAUGCCAAUGGCAACGAAAAUUAGCUAAUGCUUUGGUCAGAGGAUUAGAAUUUUGCAGUUCUAUCAUAUUGGUGAAGUUAUGUGUAUAGAACAACAAUAGAUUUUCUGUGUCUUGGAUUUUGA